UUUUACAGAUUUUUCUAAAAUAUUGAAUAUUUACUGUGCAGUUGUGCUGUCACGUGGUAAUGUUUCUCUUGGGUGAAGGCAGAUCCAUUAGAGAGCGAGAUCUGUCAACGGAAGUCUUAAACACUGGAGCGUCACAUGAUUCAAUGAGCCUUCAGAUAGUUCCAGGAAGUUAUGUUUUAUCUUUAAAUACUUUAUUUCUUUCAUUUUUUGGGGGGGUUAAAAUUUUACCUAAGUUGGUUUGUUUAGUCGCAUCUCCAUGCGUAACUAGUAACUUCCGGGACUAUUGAGAACCGCCAUUGCUGUGAAAAAAACUGUUCCAUUGGAGUCAACAGAGUUGACGCGACUCUCUCAAUGGCUCUGGGUGAAGGAACUCGCUCGCGUUUCCAUAGCAACGCAUGAUCACAAACUAGGAGGACUUCUUUCAUUCAGACAUCCAUUUAUCUAUCGCUAAAACAUCUUACUGCAAUGUCUCAUGUCUAAUUUGUCGAUAUAAAACUGUUACUGGGAUUAAGUGAUUAAAAUGGAACGAAAGCUCGGACGCACCAGCACAAACAUUGGACACGUAUAUAUUCCUCCUCUGCCGUUUUAUAUGAACACAUGUAAGCUCUGCAGCAAAAUAAGUGAUCUCAACGCUAUUUUCAACCUCUUGUCACUGCUCCAGAAUGCUCCUCUUCCGCCUGUCCACCGCCGUCACAACAGAGUGCCUUCUGCUCACUUUCAUCUCACCUCACACACUGAACAUGACAGAAAGCCACUGACUGGACCACUUUACAACGAGAUCCAUUCUAAAGCCCCUCCACACUGGACCACACACUUCCUCAAUGAACUCGCUCACAGGCUCAGAGAUUGUGUGGCAGUGAGGGUUGUCUCUAAACCCGUAAGUGAAAUGCAGGACAGCUACACUGGUCAGCCAGCUGCGCUCGAACCUCUGGCUGAGCACUAUAAAAUGAUGCAGGCACUAUACAGACAGCUGAAUAUGACCCAGUCCCGUGUGCAAGAUCCUGUCUGUAGCACAACCAAAGCCGACUUUAAGCACUUCAACAGGUCAGAUUUGACACCUCAUUCUGUAAUGGAGGCUGCUACCUUUAAUGGAACCCUUACCAAGAGUGGAGCCCACAGCCGACUUCCUGCUCAUAAAGCUCCAUCCACUUUAUCAUGUCAACCUCGACUCCCUUGCCCACCUCUGCCUUUGCCUCACAGGGGUAAAAGUAGUCUGUAUAUGGAUAGCUUUACUGUCCCUGUGCAUUCACCUUUGCCUAUAUCUGCACAAAAUGUGCUGAAACAGCAAGAUGGUGGUAGAGGUCUGUUACUGGACAUUCUAGGUGUCCCCAAAAUGUAUAGCACAGAGAAUCAGAUAUGUGGGAAGAACAAAAUGUCUAUGGUGUAAAACUGACAAAAAUAGGGUGUGAGGUGCAUUAGAUCUAAUUGUUGAUUUCCAACAUCAAUUAAUGUUUAUUGUCAUCCUUUCCAUUUGUCAUUCUGCGUGUCAUUAAUAAAUGGAAAACAAACCA